AUGAGCUCUUUGCCUUCUCUGGUGGAGGAACGCCAAGCAUUUUUAACUCAGCUUAGUGGCAUGCCGUGCACAGACACAGCUGUUUUUGCUACUCAGCAUUCUGCUGACAAAGUCGCGCACAGAAACGAAACGGGUGGCUUGCGUCAUAAGCGUCCCUGUGCAAGGCGACAGCAGCUUCCCCAGCCACAUCCUCAGUCGGUCAGUGAUUAUUAUCGCCUGAAUGGAAGUUAUCCCGGUGGAAUGGGAAGUAUGCAGCAGGAAUUCGCCCAAAUGGACGUUGGGAGACAGCAGAUGCGAUACAUUGAUUUGAUGCAAGAAAGGGAUUUGAUGAAGUACGGAACGAAUGAUGGCGAACAGAUUACACUCCCCCCAUCUGUGUGUAAUCCUGAUGCGCGUUGCAGCCCAAGGUGGCGAACAUUCUUCCUAAUUUAUAAUUUUAUAAUCAAAAUCCUGGCCUAA